AUGGACCACUAAUCAACAAACCAGCCUUCCGGGCCAGAAGUGAUCCUCGCCUCAGGCCUCUCGGAGUCGGGCUGCCGCCUAACCCCGCUCCCGCGACGCGGCAGGGAAUAGUGGAGUCUUCUUACCUCGAUCGCGGUCCAGGUCCAGACCUCCUCGUCUCCCAGCUACACCGGGCAUUAGGCGACUCCAGAACCGUGUGAUUGGCGCCUGCGCUUGCCGAGGAGCUCCCGAGGGACCGGGGUAUUCCUUGGGCUUGGUCCCUGUUCUUCGUGCUUCUUUCGGUCAGGGAUCUUGCAUUGGUCUUUGUCUCCUCCCAUAAUGCCUGGCAUUUGGUUAAUGUUUGUUGAAUUUGAAGAGACAUAUGGGCAAUGAAUCUGGAAAGGGAGAACAUCUUUGGUCCUAUAGUGUUGCUAACACAUUUUUCUAAGUGGUCUUGAACAGCGUACUUUUUAUGUAAACAACAGGCUAGAGCUCCUAUUUUUCACUUCAGAAGCCUAUAAUCUACCGUUGUCAGAUUUAAAAACGCUACUUUUAGGCUAUCACCUAUAUUUAACUUGAAAGCUCUUCCUUUCUUAUUCCACAAUGUUGAGAUAUUGGGGAGAGAUACCAAUCUCAUCAAGCCAGACCAACAGAAGUUCCUUUGAUUUGCUGCCACGGGAGUUCCGUCUGGUGGAAGUCCAUGACCCACCCCUGCAUCAACCCUCAGCCAAUAAGCCCAAGCCCCCCACUAUGUUGGACAUCCCCUCAGAACCAUGCAGCCUCACCAUCCAUACCAUUCAGCUGAUCCAGCACACCCGACGUCUGCGCAACCUCAUUGCUACAGCUCAGGCCCAGAAUCAGCAACAGACGGAAGGUAUAAAGACUGAAGAGAGCGAACCUCUACCCUCUUGUCCUGGGUCACCUCCUCUUCCUGAUGACCUCCUGCCUUUAGAUUGUAAGAAUCCCAAUGUACCAUUCCAGAUUCGCCACAGUGACCCAGAGAGUGACUUUUAUCGUGGGAAAGGGGAACCUGUGACUGAACUCAGCUGGCACUCCUGCCGGCAGCUCCUCUACCAGGCAGUGGCCACAAUCCUGGCCCAUGCAGGCUUUGAGUGUGCCAACGAAAGUGUCCUGGAGACCCUAACUGAUGUGGCACAUGAGUAUUGCCUGAAGUUCACCAAGCUGCUGCGCUUUGCUGUGGACCGGGAGGCCCGCCUGGGGCAGACUCCUUUCCCUGACGUUAUGGAGCAGGUAUUCCACGAAGUGGGCAUCGGCAGUGUGCUCUCCCUCCAGAAGUUCUGGCAGCACCGCAUCAAGGACUAUCACAGUUACAUGCUGCAGAUUAGUAAGCAACUCUCUGAAGAGUAUGAAAGAAUUGUCAAUCCUGAGAAGGCCACAGAGGACACUAAACCUGUAAAGAUCAAGGAGGAACCUGUGAGCGACAUCACCUUCCCUGUCAGCGAGGAACUGGAGGCUGACCUUGCUCCUGGAGACCAGGCGCUGCCCAUGGGAGUCCUCGGGGCUCAGAGUGAGCGCUUCCCAUCUAACCUGGAGGUCGAGGCCUCACCGCAGGCUUCAAGUACAGAGGUAAAUGCUUCCCCUCUUUGGAAUCUGGCCCACGUGAAAAUGGAGCCUCAGGAGAGCGAAGAAGGCAAUGUCUCUGGGCACGGGGUGCUGGGCAGUGAUGUGUUUGAGGAGCCCAUGUCGGGCAUGAGUGAAGCGGGGAUCCCCCAGAGCCCUGAUGACUCAGACAGCAGCUACGGUUCCCACUCCACUGAUAGCCUCAUGGGGUCCUCCCCUGUUUUCAACCAGCGCUGCAAGAAGAGAAUGAGGAAAAUAUAAAAGGAAAAGAGGGAGAUUUUGUCCGAACCUACAAACCCAACCGAAAACCUUGAUGUAUUCAAAUGUUUCCAUCAAUAGUCACUUAAUCACUCUUAUUCCUAAGCGCAGUGGAUUUUCCUGAUUUCAGAGAAACUGGACUUAAGCAAACAAGUUUGCAUUUUAUCUUUGCAUCCAGUUUUUGUAGUUUUCCGCGGCAACCAAGCCACAUUUUGCACACAUAUGAUGCUGGGACGGUCAUCAGGAGACCAAAGCCCUGUCCCCGACUGCCGUCUUUACUGUGUGACAAGACAAGUUGCUUCGCUUCUGUAGAGCCAUUUCUCUUGUACAAUUGAAAACAAUCAUAUCACCGACUUACCUUGCAGGGACGUUGUGAAGAUUGAGAUAUUAUUAAACCUCAAAGCUGUGCUUGAACAGACUCACUAAAGUAAAUAUAUGCUGGUAUUAAAUG